AUGGCCCGGAAGCUGCUGCUGCUCCUCUGCCUGUUCUCGGGCUUGCACGCGCGGUCCAGAAAGGUGGAAGAGGAUGAAUAUGAAGAUUCAUCAUCAAACCAGAAGUGGGUCUUAGCUCCUAAAUCCCAAGAUACUGAUGUGACUUUGAUUCUCAACAAGUUGCUAAGAGAAUAUGAUAAAAAACUGAGGCCGGAUAUUGGAAUAAAACCAACUGUAAUUGAUGUUGACAUCUAUGUUAACAGCAUUGGUCCCGUGUCAUCAAUAAACAUGGAAUACCAAAUUGACAUAUUCUUUGCUCAGACAUGGACAGACAGCCGCCUUCGGUUCAACAGCACAAUGAAAAUACUCACUCUGAACAGCAACAUGGUGGGGUUAAUAUGGAUUCCAGAUACAAUCUUCCGCAACUCCAAAACUGCAGAGGCUCACUGGAUCACCACCCCCAAUCAGCUCCUCCGAAUUUGGAAUGAUGGGAAAAUCCUGUAUACUUUAAGGCUCACCAUAAAUGCAGAGUGCCAGCUGCAGCUGCACAACUUCCCGAUGGAUGAGCACUCCUGCCCGCUGAUUUUUUCUAGCUAUGGCUACCCCAAAGAAGAAAUGAUUUACAGAUGGAGAAAAAAUUCAGUUGAGGCAGCUGAUCAGAAAUCCUGGCGGCUCUACCAGUUUGACUUCAUGGGCCUAAGAAACACCACAGAAAUUGUGACAACAUCUGCAGGUGAUUAUGUUGUCAUGACUAUAUAUUUUGAAUUGAGUAGAAGAAUGGGAUACUUCACUAUUCAAACAUAUAUUCCCUGUAUACUGACUGUGGUUUUAUCCUGGGUGUCAUUUUGGAUCAAAAAAGAUGCUACACCAGCAAGAACAGCAUUAGGCAUCACCACAGUGCUGACCAUGACCACGCUCAGCACCAUAGCCAGGAAGUCCUUACCCCGUGUGUCCUACGUGACUGCCAUGGACCUCUUCGUGACGGUGUGCUUUCUAUUUGUCUUUGCUGCUCUGAUGGAGUAUGCCACCCUCAACUACUAUUCAAGUUGCAGAAAACCAACUACCACUAAGAAGAAAACAUCGUUACUACACCCAGAUUCCUCAAGAUGGAUUCAUGAGCGAAUAAGCCUACAAGCCCCCUCUAACUAUUCUCUCCUUGAUAUGAGACCACCACCACCUGCAAUGCUCACUUUAAACAAUUCCGUGUACUGGCAGGAAUUUGAAGAUACCUGUGUUUAUGAGUGUCUGGAUGGCAAAGACUGUCAGAGCUUCUUCUGCUGCUAUGAAGAAUGCAAAUCGGGAUCCUGGAGGAAGGGGCGUAUUCACAUAGACAUCUUGGAGCUGGACUCGUACUCCCGGGUCUUUUUCCCUACAUCUUUCCUGCUCUUCAACUUGGUCUAUUGGGUCGGAUACCUGUAUCUCUAAAUGCCACUCGUGGUGAUGAGUGAAGAGCGCUAGUUCCCCUCUUUCUCUUCCACCCUCCCCAGACUGGUAGCAGCCAACUGGAGUAGCAAGAAAGGACACCGUUCGGUAUAAAUGAAGUUAUCCUUACCUCUGAGUAGUGCAGGGGUGUGUGGCAACUAUACUUCUGUUAAUGUAUUUCACAAACACACAUGUAUGAGAGCACACCCAUCCACCUACAUGCACACACACACACAUACAAAGUUAAUUGAGUUUUAAAAUGUUAUUCUUGCUAAUCCCUUACUGAAACUGUAGCUUGGUGAUGUGCAUGAAUAUGUUUUGGACAGCAGAGGAGCUGACAAUUACCCCCUCAAGGAAAUGUGUAAAACACGCAGGCAGAUACCUGAGAAGCUCUUCUGUCUCUUUCCUUGGCAGCCCUCAGUGGCACAAAUGCCCAUGUAUGUGCAGUCAUUGCCGCCCAGGACACACUCAUCCUGAUCUGAGCUCCGUGCUCCAGGGCAGUUUGAGUUGCAGUCAGUUUUCACCCCAUUUCCUCCCUGUGGCAUAUUUUGCUCUGGCACCAUCAUCAUUAGUGAGCAUUCCUGUACCUAAUAACCUCACCCUAGGCUGGGGAGGGUGUCCGUGAAACAUCCACAAGUUUCCAGUUAAGGAAAAAAAAUAUGGUUUUUAAAAUUCUCAUGUUGCUGAAGUCGUGAUGUUGAUGUUCUCUGAGCUUCAGAAAGUUAUUACUUUAUUCCAAACUAUUGAAAGUCAGAAGUAUUUGAAUUUUGGGUUCUUGGACUAGUUCAGCUUGAGUUCAGAUCUUACCUUGAGAGUUGUGUUUCACUAGACCAAGGGACACUGCCAGAGUGUGUGUCUUGUUUAUGUUAUGCUACUAUAGGUUCAUCCAUUAUCUUCAUCUUGCAAAGAAAGGUACUCAGCAUUCACAAGACCUUGUCUUGAAAAUGUGUUCUAGAGCAUGAAAGAAAUGUAGAUAGGAUUUUAAAAGUUUCUUAGUGAAUAUUAACUUUGAAGACAAAUCAACUUUAGAUGCAAAAAAUAAUCAGACUAUCAUCAAUAAGGUAUUUUGAGCAAAAAUUAUUUUAUACUUUGAAAUAUGGAUAUGCAGCAAAAUCCUAGAGGAAAAAUAAUCCCCUGAAAUUAUUACUCUUUUGAUAUUUUUAUAGCACAAAGCCUACUUGCUUCCUGAUGUUAGUUCUUUGUUAUACCUGGAUGCUGGUAUGUACUUCACAAGACUCUUCAGAAGCUUCCCACCAUUGAUAGGAAAAAAAAAGUCCUACCAGUUCGCUAAUAAUGCUUUGGCAUUAUAAAAAUCUGGGUACUAAAAUAUGGGUACCAGAAUCUCUACGCUUCUCAUCUUUCUAACCCAGAAAACUGAAUUAAUUUUAUUGGAAACCAUAACAUUUUGUUUUAAUUACCUACUGUAACUAUUACUACUCAGAAAAAAAGGUAAAAUGAUGUGCAAAGUAUAUAAAAGUGCUUAUUUUCCACAUUUUACUUAAUGCAGACCAGACACAGAAGGGGAUGGGAGUGGGGGAGGCCAGAAAAGUUGAAGCUGGAUGAGCCUGUUUAUUUUUAGGGACAUCAUUACAUAUGAACUAAUUGCAAAUAUACUGAUACCUGAUCACCCAGUUUUCAAGGAGUGAGUCUAUAUACUGUGAGACAUUCGAACCCAUUGCUUUUCUUCCUGUCAACUCCCUGCAUUUUGAUUUGAUAGCUGCUAUAUCGGCUCAUUGGCUUCUGUUUAGCAAAUCCAGUUCUAAACAUCAAAUAACAGUACAUAUUCGUGGGUAAACAGGUUGAACCUGUUGUCCUAAAUGAAAUCUCUGCUCUGUUGGAGAAUCUCUCCCAUUAGCAGCUUUGUCUUGGCCCUCAUGCACAAACCACCCUCCUGCCAACUGCAGAGAUGGUCUUGAGGAACCCUUAGCAAAGGAACCCCACCGCCUCCCAACAGGGCCAGAGCACCCUGGGAAGGCUGGUCUUCUUCAUACACAAUUUCCAACUGUAUGGAUUUAUGAUUUCUAACAAUGUAAAGAAUUUCAACCUGUUACAUCUCAAAAGAUGUUCUGGAAGAAACUGGAUUUUCUAGUGAAAUUCUUCUUAGGAAGAAAAUAACAUAAGAGCAUUUCUGUAACAGAUUUGGUCCAAUUUUACCUUAAUUUUUUUUUUUACUGAUGCCUCUUAUUUCAAAACCACUCAAUAUCUGGGCAUCAUUGGUAACUAUCAUGAAAUUAUACAUAUAGGACGUGUACAUCAAUAACCUCUGUUUUCUGAACACAACCGUUCUUUUCUCCCUAACCUCAGUCAUCCUGCUGAUCUAAACACUCUAGUUCCUGGUUCCUUUUCUGUGAAGGAGAACCUUCAUCUCAAGAGAGUCUAACAGAAUCUCAUUCAGCAUAAAACAGAUUCCUGCACACAGAGCAACCCACCCCCUACAGGGUCUGACUACAAAGAAUAAAACCAGAGAACACACCACUGCCCGCCCCCCUGCCGGCUUGCCAGCGCACAUUCUCCUUAUCAGUCUCGGCUCCCGAGACAAGCCUUUUCUGUCCACAGUGUGGGGUAGUGGGGUGCACCUCACACAGGUGCAGUGCUCAGGGGCAUGUUUGUUAGUGUGUUUGAGUUUACUCUUUGGAGGAAGGAAGAGGAGGGGUAGAGGGAGAGUGUGAGGGAAAUGCACCCCUCUUGAAUGGAAGGAUACUCCAGUAGGCUUGGUUGGUCGGGUAUGUAUGGAGCACAUGGGUGUGAGACUGUUCUGUGCAGACCCUGUGCCCUUACAGCAACACCCAGUUUGCUUUGCACGUAGAGUUGGGGAGUAUUUUGUGGUUGUGCGGCAGCUGGCACGGCAGUCGUCUGAGUGACCUGCGUUCCAAAGGUGCUGGUGUGCUCCUCAGUUGCCAAAGUACUCUAAAUUGAGGAGAUGACAGUUCUGCAUUUUUAAAAGAUUUUCUAAUUUCUGGCCACUGUGGAUCAUACUUACAACUGUGAUUGUCUCUCUUUAAAGCUGUAUCCAGGCUAAGAGGGGAAGAGAAGAAAAGGCAUUUAUGGAAUUAAAGCAAAAUGCCUCUUCAUAGACUAGAAAGUUUCUGUUUCUACAGUCUCAACACACUGACCAGAACACAGACUUUCAGAUACUGGAAAGAGAGAGACAGUGUUACUAUAAAUUUCUGGACCCAGCCAAUACUGCCCCCAAAAUACCCAACAUAUGCCUUAAAAUAACACAUAAAGUUCAAAUCAUACGUAUCUUAUAGAUCUUCCAUUUCCUGUGAUCACCUGUAUUUCAUACCAGGUUUUACUUAUCUUUUAUGAAUGGGUGGAGACAGGAUUUCAUUUCUUCACAUGCCAAACAGUCUUAUCACUAAUCGUAUACCAAAUCAGAAAAGAACACAAUUUUUGUGGAUUCUUCAGUUAAGGAAAUGCUUAUCCUUGAUAGCAAAGCAUUUUCAGGCUACAUAAGGGAAAUUGGGGCCAAUCUGCAAGUCAGUGACACAGUGCUUGUAAUGGGAUGUGAAUGUCCUUUCGCCUGGCCAUAGCUUGCCGCAGUAAAAGUGUUUAGGCAUAUUUUCUGCUGCUCUGCAAAGGAGGGUAAUUGAUAACCCUAUUUAUCCUUGAUGAAUACUUGCCACAAUUAGUAAGCAAUGGGGCACUCUUUAUCUAAAGGGCUAGAAAACAACACUAACAAAACCUCUUCUUCCUUGAUCAUUUUAUCUUGACUGAUAGUAACUGAAAACUUCCUGUGAUUUUCUUUGCAAACUUGAGGUCUUCAACCAUUAUACUUGUCACUAUAUCAGAUCAAUGCUCUUGAGACACAUGCAUUUUUAAUUCCUUCCAUGAUUUUGCAACUGCCUGAGUGUUUUUUCUGACAGUUUAUAUACAUAUGAAAUUCCAUCCUCAAUUUCUGAAAAAAAAGUUUGUGAAGGAUGGGAUAAACAAUUGGGAUGUAAAUACAUAUUGAAAUGUUUACUAUCAGUCUUGGGCUUCAGAACAUUAUCUUUCUAAAAAUAUUCAGAAAGAUGUCUGGAAAUAAGGGGGAAAGAACCAGAUUGUGAAUACAUUGCAAAUGAGAAAUUCACAAUUUUUUGUUGCGCCCCCGUACAAAUUGCCCAAAAUUGAGGAAACAUGUAAUCUGUAGAUACUCCUUUUUCUGAAAUUUGCCAUUAGGAAACAUUCAGGUUCGCAUGAUUUAGCAGUGCCUCCAUGUUGUAUAUCACAACCAAGGAACCAAAAAGAGGCAUUUCAGGUGAAAUGACAGACCCUUUCUUGUAUUUCUUGUCAACUCACAUUUUACUAUAAAAUUAGAUUUCUAACAUUAUAAGGAGAGAACAUAUGUGUUGUAUCCUAUUGAGAUAACAGGAUAACAACUCAGCAAUUCGUAUCUGAAAGAAUAAAAGCUUAGAUUCUUUUUUAAUGUAGUUUUGAAGGCUGGACACUAGGGUGUUUCCACUCCUCCUUGUAAAAUUCCUUCUGAUUACGAGUUAACAAUUCCACAAUAUAAGCCUGGUCUAGUUCUAUCAAAGUCAAAAGGGAGAAUGUUUCCUUCUUUAGCUUUUCAAAAUGUCCUCUAGUUAAAUGAUGCUUUGGUUUUUAAUGUUGUCAAUAAAUUAUCCUAAGACUAUUAUUAUUCAGCUCACAUAAAAACCAAAUUUUAGACCAAUUUAAAUAAGUGCUAAAAAAAUUAGUUGAACAGUUAUUUAAAAGUUUUUAGUGUUUUGAGUUAGCCAAUUAGGUUUUUUCAGGUCAUUUCAUACAGGAACAUGAGCUAGGAAAUAACUGAAAAUGCAGAGCACAUAGCUGUGCAUACACACGCAUGCACACACACAGGCACACACAUCAUUUGGAUAUAGCAUUCAGAUAAAUGAGGGAAAUGCAAAUUGUUUAUCUUGAAUUAUUCAGAUAAUCACUUAUUUUCACCACUUCAUUUUUUGAAUUUGUAAACACAACGUAAGGGUUUCCCAGCCCAGUGGGCUGGCUCUACAAUGAGAGGGUGGUAAUGGUUCCUGCAAGGAAAGAGGGUCCUCUGUAUUCACAGUGUAAACUGAAUAGUCUGGAAAGAACAUUGCAGAUUAAUUGCCAAUAAUGCAAUCCCCUAGACUGAGAAGGUAGCUGCUACAUUUCCUUCUUUUCUAGUUAUUCAGGGUUCCUUCUUUGUUUUUGCCCUCUAACCAUUUUUUUCACAAAAGGAUUAAAGUUCCCAUUUUCCAUUAAAAAGUAGAAGUCCUAAGACACUGUCAGACUGAUUUUCAGGAACAAAUGAUGAGUGCUUUGAUUUGGUCAGCAUUUGUUACAAGAGGUUUUUAUCAUUUACUGUUCAUGUUUAUAACAGGAAGGAUUCCGGGGGGUCACUUUCGACCGUGAGGGAAGGCCCCCUCCAGGCACAGAGCAGCACUUCAGUCCCUCUGCUGGAAGAUCAGACCACCCCACGCCCUGUCCACCCAUCGCAGUCCCAGCCAAGCCAUCCACCAGUCGGCUAGCUGCACCCACUCACUGCGUCCAUGCGCUGGGUAGUGAAGGGUGGCUCUAGAAGCCAUAGACAGAUAAAAAAGAAAAAAUAAUGCGUGCUGAAGUAACUUUCAUGUCAUUAAGAGAGAAAAGUCUACAUAUCUUGCUGACCAAAUUUUCAAAUUGUCAGCCGGAUAUGAUUGUAGGAUUUUAGGAGAAAUAAAUUAUGCCGCAUCACCAGCACCAUUAUCACCAUCUAUAUCCGUUUUCGUGUUCCCUACUAGUCCUUAGUUAUUGAUUCAGCACAAAGGUUUAAUGUUUUUUCCCAAAUCACGACAAAAAUUACAACUGAAGGAGAAAAUGGAAAAGUUUCAUUUUGCCUUAAAUAUUAAAUACACAAAUCACAGCUCAAAAUUUUGGAGGCCUAAAACAUUUCCCAAACUGCUCUUUAUCUCACCAGUGCUGCUUGUCUAGCCUGACUCAUUCAGAACCUGGAAUUACUCCUUAGGAGGCCACCUUGCCACCUAAUUUUUAUUUGUUAGUUUGUGGGGUUUUUUGUUUUGCUUUGAUUUUACCUUACUUUUUAAAAAAAUUUUAUUUCUCUUCAUGAAGAUAAGAACUCUUUUCCCUAAAAUGAAAGCAUCUCUGGACACCACAGGUUUUGUUACCCUUCUUAAUACACAAUUUGCGUCUAGGCUUUGAUUCCCCCUUUUAUCUCGGGAUUUUUACUUUUGGAUAGAAAUAGGUACAGGCAAAAUAUAUGGAUGAAAUCUGCAGUGUUUACUAUAUUUUAUCUGUUUAGAAUAACUGUUAAAACAUGUUGAAAGACACUUUCAUUCAUUAUUGACCUUCAGAAUGACUAAUUUUGUGCUAGUGAAUGAUGUUUACAUGCAUAGGUUUGUACAAUCUCAUGACAUGUACUUUACAAGGAACUCUGGGACUGAGAGAGGUUCAUUCCUCUCAUGUGCACUUUCUAUGGAAAAUUCUAGGAAAGUAACAAUGUUCGCGGAUUGGGCCUGGGUUGUUUGUGAGGAGCAAGGGGUCAUCUUGUGUUUAUAUGCAGUGAUGUGUAUUUGUGUAUGUGUGUACAGUGGUAAAACUGGAACAACUUACUAACGUGUGUGUACUACUCUACUCACCACUUCAAAUGUAGUUAAAUAGAAAGGAGCACAGUUUCUUAGUGACAGCAUAUUAGAUUACUAAGUGUUCAGAAGAAGAGAGAGAGAGAGGAACUGACAAUCUUUCUAUUUCUUGGACAUGUGGGACCACAUUCCUUCUUUAAAAAAAAAAGUUCGAUACCGGAUUAGAAGCUGGCCUGGGGCCAACAAGCCUGCUCCGACCGAGAGCUCCUGCUCAUCAUCCCCUUGCUUGGGCGCACAUCUGAGCGAUUCUUCCGUCGUUAGUGCGCGGUCAGUUUUACCAGAAUAAGCUGAAAGUAGUUCUCAAGAUGCAGGCAGCGAAGAGCCAUCCCGGCACUUGCCUGGGAUGCGGCUCUCACACAGACGCGAGGACGCACGGGGUCUAGUGGGAACCGUGUGGCGCGCGGGAAUCAGCCCCAGGGCGCCGGCCGCGCUCCCUUCUUGAAGCUGCGUGGGAAGCGAAGCCGUCCGGGGCUCUGGGAGAUGCCGCAGGCAGAAGGGGAGGGCGGCGGGGGCCUGCUCUCUGCCGCGGCGGACUCCUUCCCGCCCGCGAGGCCCGGGUGGGUGGAAGGAGGAGGCAUUCCACAACCUGGGAGUAUCUCGGAGUUAGUGGAGGCGCGCAGCGUAGAAGUGCUCGGGGACCCGCGCACCCCUCUCCAGGCCAGAGCGCCAGGGCAGGGUCCCCGCCCUCACCAAGUGGCCUCCAACAGCCCCCGUUCCCCUGUCCUCCCGCAAGGCCUGGACGCCUGGAAGCCGGGUUGGGGGCCGUGCAGGCUGGUCCCCGCUGUCCUGAGAAGGUUCUGAGGUCUGGCUGUCCUCAGUCCCCGGAGGAUGUGACUCCCCGCCAGCCGUGCAGCCCAGCUCGUGGGGUCCUGGUGAAACGAGGGCGCGUGCGCCCGACGUGCCUUGGCGACACGGGCGCCGCCCCGCUUCGCCGUCCUGUCCCCGCGCACCCUCCAGGCGGUCCUGUGCCCGGGGCCGGCUGGGCCUAGGGGCUGGGCUGCCCUCUGUAUUUGUAUUUGGAUUCCUACGUUUGUACUUCUAAUUCAAAUAAAUGCACAUGU